AUGGUUAAAACUACUCUGUUUACUCUUACGUCAGCUUAUAACCAGCAAAAGAUGAGCGUCUAUUGCAUCAGUCUCGAUGAGAGUGGACCACUCUUCAAAGUCACCAUUAGCAUCGAUGCAAGUGAGAAGGGAUUCGGGGUAUUCGACUGCUAA